GUCUACAUGACGGAGAUAUUCUUCAUCAGCUCGAAGAAAAACACCGUCUUUGAGGUGCGACUCACCGACAAGGGACUCUGUCUGAAGAAGCAAUCGAACGGGUCGACCAAGGAGCAAACGAUCCCGCUGAAGGACAUCAUCGGGUGUCGGUGUUUGCGCAGCAAACGCCGAUCACGUGGCAGCUCGUCGUGCACGUGCGCCUCCAUCUCGAGCUCCAACCAGCUAAAGGUGGUGGAGGAAAACUCAGACGAGCAGGACGAAACGGACGUCAGUGCCUAUCUGUACAUUUACGCGUACAUCCUGAAGCGCAAUCGGCGUGGUGGAUUCCGCGAUCGUACCACCAUCACGCUGCGUUUCCGGUCGUUUGAUCGGUACGAGGAUAACAAUCGGGAAGCGCAAAGAUGGCGCUCUGCCGUUAAGCAUCUGAUCGCGGGUGAACCGGUACAGAAACUGCCCUACCAACCACGAGACGCCCGCCGGAUGCUGAUCAUCCUCAACCCAAAGUCGGGCUCGGGAAAAGCGCGCGAAAUGUUCCACCAGCGCGUGGCACCGGUUUUCACCGAAGCCGAGAUCCCGUACGAUCUGCACAUCACGAAGAAAAGUGACUGGGCACGGGAGUUUGUGCGUGUGCGUGACGUUUACCUGUGGCGGGGGAUCGUCGUGAUCGGUGGCGAUGGUAUCUUCUUUGAGGUCCUGAAUGGGUUGUUCGAACGCGAGGAUUGGCAGACGGCGAUCGACGAGCUGCCCAUCGGUAUCGUCCCGUGUGGUUCCGGCAACGGUCUGGCAAAAACCGUGUCCUUUCUCUACGAAGAGCCUUUCGAAACGAAGCCCGUGCUGGCGUCAGCUUUAAUGGUAGUUAAGGGAAGACAUUCCAUGUUAGACGUAGUGAGAGUCGAAACGCGUUCAAAUAUCAUGUUCUCCUUCCUCUCGGUCGGUUGGGGUCUCAUUUCGGACAUCGACAUCGAGAGCGAACGGUUGCGUGCCAUCGGUGGCCAACGGUUCACCGUUUGGUCCGUCCAUCGGUUAAUCAGCCUGCGCACGUACCAAGGCAAAGUGUCUUACCUACCGGCCUUAGUUAGUCAAACCAAUGGCGGUGGAGGUGGCACGAUGUCCAACCCGUCUGGAGGCGGUGUUGGGACACUUAAGCACAGCGUUAGCUACAAUACUACGCUCAACUGUCGCGAUUGCCGGGGGUUAUCCGGCCACGACGGUACUAUCGGAAGCUGCGACGCCUGUGAUACUAACUUUAGUGACGUGCUGUCCCUGGAGACCGGCACCAACUUGGAUUCGUUCCGGCCUCGCAUCGACAGUUGGUAUUCGGCCACCUCACGCAAAAGCACCUACUUCUCGACGGUCGACAGUGUGUACGAGAGCGACAAGGCUUCCAAUGACGAUCCGUUACAGAAUGGUGGACCCAACGGUGGCGUGGCAACGGUUGUGCAGAUGUAUGGACCACCUUCGCGGCUCCCGGCGCUAACCGCAUCCGUCCCGGACAGCUGGCAGAGCAUAGUGGGAGAGUUCGUGAUGGUCCACGCCGCUUACCAGUCGCACCUCAGCACUGAGUGUUAUUUUGCACCCGAGUCACGCCUUAACGAUGGCAUCAUUUGGCUGGUGAUCAUCCGUGGGGGAGUCUCGCGAGCUCAACUGCUAUCGUUCCUGCUGGGUUUGAGCAGCGGAACGCACAUUCCGAUGCAGGCGAACGAACACAUCCAGAUGGUGCCCGUUACGGCGUUCCGGAUUGAACCGGCGGGCACGAACGGUCAUAUGACUGUGGACGGUGAGAAAGUCGAGUGCGGACCGAUUCAGGGGGAAAUAUUUCCUAGCUUAGCGAAGGUGAUGGUCCCGAAGUAAGGCGCACCAGUUCGUUUGUGGUAUCAACAAUUUGUUUUAAUGUACUUUUGUUCGUUUGAAAUGUAUGUUAAUUUUUCUACCUGUUGUGUAAGGAUACUGUUACCCUAGGUUGAAGAGAAGCCUACUUACAAGUCACUCCAAAAAGUCAGCCAGCUCCUGAAGCCAGCGUCUGUUAGGCUGAUCGAUAUCUUAGUUAAGGCAGCAUGCAGAAGAAGCCAUACGUACUAAUUUAACGCAAUUGUUACCCAUCCGCUGGUGCACUUGUAAAAAAAGGUCGCUACGUUAUGCUCGAACGUAUUGACACCAACCAUUCCACAGCAAUUCAGCAACCGGAAAACUAAAGUCGUGCCAAACUUGGUUACGUGUGCGUGUGUCGCAUCAAUUGCAGUUCACAACUCCCCGUCGGACGCCAGGAGUCGGGAAUAUUAUAGCCAAUUUGGGGUGAAAUCUUAGCGCGUCUGUCAUGGCGCACCGCGGCGAAAUAGUUUCAUUUAUCCUGUGAAGCGAUCAAUUAGAAAUUCAACCCAUAUCAGCAUCAGCUAGCGAAAUGCGAUAAGCACAUAAAGUGAUAAGGAGUUGAACGCAUACCGAACGAUAAGCAAUGAACCAAUUCUUAGACGCUAGGGCUUAGUGGUAGGUACUGAUCGAGUGGUUAUUGAUAGCCGCGGUUCCAGAGAGCAAUUCAUUGCACUGCAAGAAACUCCUUGUUCCAACCACCAAGAUGUAGUUGCAGGGGACGAUCAGAAAGGAAACCAAAACUAGAGUGAAACUGCUAUUGAUAGAAAUGCAUUUUAAGCGUACACUUACAACCAAUAUCGUCACGUCAUAUAUAUACAUAUUCCAGUCAGUGUAAAAUGAUGGUGGUUUACAAUAAGCCGUACUUGAAUAACAUUCGCCUCCAUAGCGCAUAAAUGAAAAGCAAUUUAUUAGACUACGGGAGAGAGGUAAAAAUAUGAUAACAUUUACUAUUCUAGCGUUAGUUAUAAUGCAUCCCCUCGAGUAUCAUAUUGUAAGAGUAAAAUAGAAAGAAUGUAAGCGGUUCCCGAUGGAUUGAAACAAAGUCGUCACCUUAAGGUUCAUUGUCAGCAGCAAAUUGCAUGUUCCUAGCAAUGACAAAACUAGAAAAGGGAAGAAAUGGUUGUGCCGUAUAGACAUUUACAGAUGUUUGGGUAAGGCUUCGUGUCGUUAUGCCCGUUGCCAAUCGAUUAUCCUGUGGUGCGAGUGUAAAUAUUUCCAAUCCGUAUUACAUUAUCCAACUGGCGUUGCCGAAAAGCAAAUACUAGCAGUAGUGAACGUUAGUUUGUACUGUAAUCUUAAUACCUCUAAUAUCAAAGAUAUCAUGAAAAUGUAGGUUAGAUAGUUACUUUUUUUUCUAUUAUCUGUUUGUAUUCUUCCCUUUUUCUUUGAAUAGUCUAGUCGCGCAGGUCUCAAGCGGUAAUCGCACGCUUGAGGAUGUAGAUUUCGUAAUACGCACACCAACAGUAACAGCAAUCCUUUUUGGAGCUUAUAUUAUGUAUUAUGAUGAUGGUACCACAUUUACGUACUUCUUGUUCACGUGCAAAUCACCUAACCGUCCAUGGAGCAAACCGAUGAGCAAGCCUCAUCACACAAAUUAGUGAAAGUAAAACAAAAAGAGUAAAUAUGACUGUGAUUCGUUACGAUCAAUAACAGUUGCGUUGCGCCACGUGUCGAUUGCAGAUUCUUUAAACGUUGUUUUUGUUGGAUGAUUCUUUUUUCUGUUUGGGGCAAGAAUUCCAAGGGCACUACCCAGCGAUAAAUGUUGCGUUUUGUUGCAUGCUUCGUUAUAACGAUUACAAAAAUGAGGGAAAGGACGAUUUAAUAACAUUCAAAUAAAUAGCUAAU